UUUCAUUGCUCCCGCCCCCAGCCCGCUGCAGAAUUGAUUGUGUGCGCUUCAGUAGGAAGUGGCUCUGUGCGAGGAGAGCUCUAGCCACAGCGCGGGCAAACCCUCAGGUUGCACAAAGCUUAUUCAGCUGACAAAGGACCUGCCCUGCUCCUGGUGAAAAGAUGUCUACCUCUUCUGGUUAUUGGGUGUCUGAGAAUGGAAGUACUUCUGACAGGGACAAUGUAUUCUAUGAACGAGUGAGGACCUACAGUCCAGUCACUAAAAUGGUUCCAGCUAUGGAUAAUGCACCUUUGAGUCCUCCAGCCAAUCUUCCAAGCCCAGUGUACCAGACUGUGAUCUCACCUGAAGCACAGUUUCAAAGAGUUCAACAUAUUCAGGAGGUUCCUAGCUCACAACAAGAAACUGUAAGAACAUACAUCAUUCAAAACACUGAGCAGGAGGUGCAAUCUCCAAAUCCAACGGGAACCCUAAGAAGAUAUGUUGUUCAAAACCCUGAACUGGAAGUACAGUCUCCCUAUACACAACAGGAAACUAUUAGAAGAUACAUUGUACAAAACCCUGAGCAGGAAAUACAAAUGCCGUACGCACAACCGGGAACAAUAAGAAGAUACAUUGUUCAAAACCCUGAGCAGGAAUUACAAGGACCAUAUCAGCGCGAAACUGUACGGCAAUACAUAGUUCGGAAUCCCGAACAGGCAAUACCAGCACCGGCUCAACGUGAAACUGUUCGGCAAUACAUAGUGCAGAAUCCAGAACAGCAAACGUAUUUGAAGGGAGUGAAUUAUAUGCCAUCCAAUAAUGUUAUCUACGAAAAGACAGUCAGAAGAGUUGAAAAGGCAAAUUCUGAAGUGGAUAAACUUUCCCAGAGCACAAGAACAAUGAGUGUAUCCUCUGGAACUGAUCAAGUCCUCGAGCAAAAUAUUCAAAGCAGGACUUCAGUGCAGUCAUUUCAGCAGGAGAUUAUUCCUUCACAGGAAAUUCAGCAGAAUGUAUCGGUGAACUUGAAUGAGCAGGUAAGGGUUAAUGUUGAUGUGGGCCCUGAACAGCUGGACGCAAGGUAUUUUGGAGAACUGUUGGCGGAGCUGAGCCGAAAGAACAAUGACUUAUACAGUGUCUUGAUGCAGCAUGUGGAGAAGAUGGGAGCAAGGAAGAUGUCAGAAACAGAUGAUCAGGAUAUUGAAUCACUAAUUCCAAAAGGAGUGUCUGAACUCACAAAGCAGCAAAUUCGUUACCUGCUACAGAUGAGGCAAACCUCAGAUAAAUCAAUGAGAAUGGUGCUAAACACCUUCAGCAGCCUGCGUGAGGAGCUGAUUCACCUGCAAGAUGACUUGAAUAAACUGGACACGGACAAGAGGAGCCUUGAAAGAGAUUUGGCCUUUAAGGACUCUCAAAUAAAGGAGUAUGAAAGUAUACUGGCAUCUCUGAGGGAAAAAAACAGGCAGCAGCAGCAAGAACUAAAAGAUCGCACCCUAACGAUCAGCAGAUUAGAAGAACAAGUCCUCAGUCUGCGCAACUUGGAAAAUGACAAAGAAUAUUGUCUGAAAGAGCUGGAAUAUGCAAAGAAUGCCAUGCAACAGGAGAAUCAGAAUCUAAGGCUGCAGAUUUCUGAGACUUGUUCUAGCCCAAUGCUGCAAACCAAGGCCGAUGAGAUCUCCAAACAAUACAUGGAAAUGAUCAGUAACCUGAGAGAAGAAAAGGACAAGGAGCUUCGUAUCUUGAGAAGCCAGAUUACUAAAUUCCAGCAGGAAGUGGUGUAUCGAGAAGGCAGCAGCAGUGAUUUGCAAAUGAGGUUGCUGGAGCUGACAUCUUCAUUGGAGGAAAAGGAAUCUUUAAUUAAGAGACAACAGGAGGAACUUUUUAGGCUGCGUCAAGAAAGAGACUCAAAAGGUGUAACCAAAGCAGUCAUCACAAAAAAGUACAGAAAUCAGUAUCCUAUUCUCGGGCUUUUGUCAGAUUAUAAUGCUACAGGGCCAGUGAAGGAAUCCCAGACAAUUGUCAUUGAGAGAACAGGGGAGAUGUGGAAACACGAAUACUUUGACACACCUUAAAGAACUGCUUGCUUCUUACAGGAAUGAAGGAGACUGCGCAGACCAGGGCUGUUUCCAGAAUCGCUCGUCCAGUAGUAGUCUGGGGACUGCUCUAAAUAGGAUCUACUAUUUUUCAGUCUCAGAGGAUCAGUCCAUUACUAAGAGCCACAAUACGUAUAUGUGCCUUGACUGCCGCACUGACCUCACAAUGGAGAUGUUUAUUAUCCAUUGGCCUCUCCUUUUGGGAGUAUAUCAGUUCAGUUCAAUCAUAAUUACUAUUCCUGUUGAAGUCAUUUAGACCCUGCUCUGUCUGCCUUAAAUAAGAAAGGGAAGAUGUUGGUUUCUAACCUGGAAGCUUGUGAUUUCACUUCUGUGAAAGCAAUUUAUAUUGCUGGUCUGAGAAGUGUUUGCUCUUUUCCCUGAACAUUUAAGGUGUAUGUGUAGGCAACUGCCAGAAACAGAAUAUAUGUGCAAGUAUAAGCAUAGAAAUGUAUUUAUUGGGACAAAAAAAAAAAAUAUUUUGCGUUUGUAUUUCUUUACCAUUACUUGUAAAAUCCAGAAUUUAAUUUACCCCCUCAGUGUUUUUUCCAUGAUUGUGUCCCGAUCCCUAAGAACCAACUCCCCCCCCCUACCACCAUAAAAAACACACAAAUGAUUGCAUUCUUUGUGGCAAAAAUAUAUGGACUGGAUCUUGUUGUGCUGAAAAAUAGAUCAGAAGCUCUGUAAUAUAUAUAAAAAAAAAAAAAAUCUGUAUUUGCUAUGUUUGGUAGACUUUGGUGGCUAAACUCAUGGAGAUGUUAGGCUGCAUUUUUUUUUUUUUAAAAACAAAACUUUCAUGUCUAGAUUUAUAAUAGAUCACUUGUGUGUCACUGAAAUUGGGUAGAGAUGGUUGUACCACUAGACUGUACAUACUGUUUCUUUAAUUUAGACAGAUUGAUGUGCCAUCCAACUCUGGGGCUGAUAGGAGUAGCAUGCUUUCCUGCAAAACUGUUUCCUCGCAAUAUACACAGUGCUGUCCUGACAAAUCACUACUAACGAAUGACCUUAUAUAUGCUAUUAUAACCACUAAACUUUAAAUGAAAGUUGCUGGAAUAUUCCCAAGUAUGCCAAAUCUGCAUAAAAUUUUCAUAAAAGUUUCCAAAAAAUUGGUUGUACGUUCAUACAGGCAGGCUUUUCACAAUCUGUGUUCUUUGUUAUUGGUGGCAAGUGGCUUGCCAUUUUGUAAAAGGGAAAAUGUAUUUCCUAUGUGAGGCAACUGUGCUGUGCCAUUGUUAUUGAUUGGGAACACAGAAAACCAGUGUUGGUACGUGGUACCAGCCCAGAAGCACUAUUGUCUGCUAUAGACCGAAUGCUUCCUUUUAAAGUGAAAAGAUCGCAACCAUCGCAAACACCCACGAGCAAUGGUAAUGUAUAUAACACGCAAUGGUACUCUUUAAAACUCAGCAAAGAAUAUUACUAGAAAUGUCACAACUUUAUUUUGGGCAUCUGUACCAGCUAAAAGCCAGUGCAGCACUUUAAAACAGAAGAUUUGUGCCUCAAAAGAUGCCCCAGAAGCUCCCUAUCAUCUUUUUAGCUGAUUUAUAACAUAUACUCUGCUGUCAGUUACUGAGCUUAGGGACUGAUUCACAAUAUAUACUGUAUCUGUGUAUAUUUCCAAAAACCCCAAACCUAAACUCCUAGAUGUUGAGCUCAUGUGGACAACUUUCAAGAAAUGGAUCACAGGUUGGAUUGCUGAUCACUUGGGCUGGUGCAGUAAGCUCAGUAUAUAAAAUAUAGUGUUUGGAGUCAUAAUUAUAACUUAUAAACCCCAAGGUUACACUCUUGCCUUUAGAGUGGGUUUUCUCUGUAUGAAGUGUUUGUUAUGCACAGGCCAUCUCCCCCUUUUUCAGUGCUUAUGUGGAUGAAUUCUUUGUGGCUAACAAACCACAAACUUGUGCCUUUUAGGUAUAGGUUUUCUAUAAUAAAACAGAAACUUAAUAAUAAAUAUAUGGGGUACAUUUUGGGAAAGUAGGUAUGUGCUUGAUUGGUGCAGAUGGCUUUUUGUUUGUAAUAUAAUGUAAUAUUUUCUAUAAAACCCUGUCAUUUUUGUAUGUCAUAUUUCUUAGCUCUGACAGUAUGGAACAUGGAUUUAUGCCGCUUUAAAAUAAAGAUGUAAAACCAA